AUGGAGCUGAACAGACUGCUCCUCCUCACAUCCUUCCUCCUGCAUGUGAAAGAGGACCGUGCCAACCCAGCACGGCUGGUCUGUGACAACAGGCUCAUGCAGAAGUACAUCGGGGAGACCAAGGACAUGGAAAAGAGAGUGGGCCAAUGCCAGACCCUGCCUACACUCAGCUGCCCUGUGAUGCUGCCCUUGGUGGACUUCAGCCUCCAGCAGUGGAAAUCUAAAUCGAAUGAGACCAAGCGUCGAGAGAUCCUGUGCGACCUGUCCCUGCUGGUGGGUGCUGCAGCAGGGGCCCAGGGCCAGGUGACUGAGGAGUGUGCGGCCAGGCAGCUGAGCCAGCUUUACCGACAUGCCAACUCCUUCUUCCUGCUCCUGCAGACCUUCAGCUGGGAGGCAGGACACUGGGAGUCCAGCUGCUCCCCACACUCCAUGGAGCAGACCCACAUUACCAGCAUCUUCCUCACCUACCGGCAGCUGGUGCAGGGCAAACUGCGUUUCUUCUUCCAUGACAUGGCCAAGGUCUUGUGCAAGCAAGGACAGGAGGGCAGCAGAGACCCUCCAUGCAGGGCCCGGUGA